AUCAGCACCAGCACCAGCCCGCCGCACACCGCACCCAGCGCGCAGAUGCCGUCUGGUCGUGCAGCAGCGCACGGCGACCGUCUCGCUUGAUCAUGAGCUAACAAUCAAUUACUCACUGACCUCACCGUGUCGCCCACGCCUGUUGCCUCUCACUGUGACGCCUCCACUCUGCACACGCACCUGCACGCGCCCUGAAUGCGACCUACGCCCGUUUGACGCGACCUGCCCAUCUGCGCGCUCACUUGCACAGCACCGACUGCCACUAACUGCCACCAACUGCCACCGUCUACCACCGCCUACCACCGUUCCGCCGCAGCACACACCGCCGCAGCCGCUAUGGACGUCGACGGCCCCUCCUUCCCCGACCAACUCCCUAAUCUGCUCAUCCACAUCUCCGAAGCCGACUUUGUCUCUUUUGACCUCGAGCUCUCUGGCAUCCCCAGUCGACUGCCCAACAAAGCCCCCCGUGGCGCCGGCCGCCCGACCUUGGAGGACCGCUAUGCCGAGACCAAGGAAGGUGCCAACCGCUACCAGAUUCUUCAAAUCGGCCUGACGUGCGCCAAAUUCGACUACCUCGCCAACAGGUACGUGCUGCGGCCCUACAACAUCAAUCUCAGCCCGCUGUUCGAUGAGCGUUUGGACUUUGAGCGUGAGAUCAGCUUUCAGAGCGGCGCAUGUACCUUCCUCUUGAGCUGUGGAUUCGACCUCGGCGCUCCAUUUGCCAAGGGCGUGCAGUACCUGUCUCGGGAAGAGGCGGAAAGGGCGAAGAAUCUGGCAUAUGACCGCAUCGACAAAAAGAACCCCAUCGCAGAUCUGCAGCUGAAAGACACAGACACAGACUCUCUAGAUUUUGUGCGCCGGUGUCGGGAAGCCAUCACCGCGUGGCAAAAGACAACACCGACGCCGACGACCCUUGAUAUCACUUCGUCUACCGGUUUGUCCAACGCGUCGGCCACAUACGCCAUCUCGAGAUUCGAGAAACGACUUGUCCACCAGCUUGUCCGCGCCGAAUUUCCAGAUGCAGUUGCGAUAGGCCGCCAAGAGUGCAUCCGGAUUUUGCCCUUUGACCAGGCGCGGGAGGCAGAAAACACAAGUCGCAUCAAAAGUCGCGUAAAGGAACAGAUAUCGCGGCAAACGGGCUUUCGAUGGAUAUUCGAGGCGCUUGUAGGCGGCGAGAUCAACACCGACCUACUGUACAUCUUAGGAACCCACGGUCCCCGCGACCAGAGAAGUCGCUUUGACCGCGCUCUAGCGCGCUUGAAGAAUAAGCGACCGGCGCUGGUGGGUCAUAACAUGUUCACUGACAUCGUGUACCUCUAUCGCACCUUUGUCGGACCUUUACCCAGUACAUUGGAUGAGUUUAACAAGUCUCUUCAUGCACUACUUCCGAGGAUCGUGGACACGAAAUACCUCGCAACACACACCGAAGGCGAUCUGAAUGCAAGUCCGAGUUUAGAGGAAAUUGCAAAGAGCUUGCAGAAGCAACCACUGCCAAAUAUCAGAACGCAUGAAGACCACGUCAAGUACAAUGAAAUUGAGGCCUUCCAUGAGGCGGGAUACGAUAGUCUUCUCACCGCAACAAUUAUGCUAAGGCUGGCGGCCAAGCUUGGUUCUGAGCGCAGGGAGCAGGGUGUGUUACAGUCAGAGCCUGGCGGUCCUGCGUCCUUGACAUCGAAACCGGCGCUGGGUAGACAAGCUUCAGAAGGCGGCAUAAAGCUCACGGCAGACCCGCCACCGGUUGCCCAGGGUUGUGGGAGGGACAAAGGUCAGCGCCCCGUCGCCGUUCCGCUCUUCGAGCCCGAUUCUGUGGCUACCGGCCGAAAGAACCGCAAGACUAAGCGCAAGAACAACGAAGCUCUACGGGAGGGUGUGGCAGCCCACCGUUUCGCCACUAAGACCGUUUUCGAGAAGCUCCGUGAACUUAGUGUUCAGGAAACCGAGGGCUUGUCUGACGCAUCCGAUGGCAAUGAAGAACUUGAUCAUGACACCCUUUCGACAUCAGAUCAGUCAUAUGCGAACGGAACGGAAGUAAUUGGAACUUGGGCGGACGAGGAGUAUGUGCAAGAUGAGACCGGCUGGGUCCCUGUUGAGAAGCAUACAAGGAAGGAUAUGGAGACCAUCCCCGAUUUUGAUGAUCAGUUCUGGCACGGCUUUGGGAACAGGUUGAGGGUCUUUGGGACGGAAGAAAGAGAGGUGCACAUAGCUGAAUGGUCGUCGUGAUGCAAAUCUCUCAGGGUACAUCACUCGUAAUAGAAGAAAAGCGCGCAACAG